GGAUCAUAGGAUGCCUUUUAAAAGUCAUCCCAUUACUCAUUACUCGUUACUCAUAAUACUAAUGGUUAUGAUCGGGUUUCUCAGUGCACUCUUGAAUCAAGUAUUUAAGUGAUGAGGGGAAGACAGAAAUAGCACAAGUAUUCUUGAUGGAUUUGUGAAAUCGACAUCUUUAAGAUUUUCUGUCACGUUAAGAUAAUGUCACAAGUAGGCCCUCGUUCUAUUUUGUUUGUCCAUCUUUUGGUAGUUUUUAAUUAAUAUUUGUCUAUAUAUGGCCAAACGUAAGAGAACAAAGGGAGUUAUGAUUAACGGGCAGAGAGAGUUGUGGGUUAGCAUUGUGGUUGAGCGUUUACUCUAGUGAUAGAGGUUUUAUUUUCACCAUCUAUAGGAAGGAUUAAUAUUAUCUCCCCGUGCUUGUAGUAGUUCUCUAGCCUACUUUCGAAUUAAACGAAGGGAAAAAUUUGAAAUUGUAAUUUUCCAAAGUGGGAAGUGAUUGAGGAAACAUCCCUGUUAGACUUAAAGUACUUGAGUACUGAUUGUGCUUUACUUUGAUUCUGGAUUAUAGAGUUUAUGGCCCAGCUUAGAGAAAGAAGAAAAGUGGGUUGGCUUGGGAUUCUGUUUCAUUGGAAAUUAUAUUAGGCUGGGUAACUAAUAUAAUAUAAGUACAAUAUGGGCUUUGCUCAAGUAAAUCAAGUUUGAUGGGCUAAUUGCCAACUUUUUACGAUGAAAAAAUAUAGUAGCUUAUCCAAAUACAGCUGACUGAAGUCUAGGUGGAAUAUUUUAAUGUGAGGAUGAGUUGUGCCAUUAGCAGUUAGCACCUGAAAUCUCCCAUUUAAUCUAUUCCCCUGUAAAGAUCUUGAGGUUUAGGUUUUUUUUGUUCUAACCAAUACACCAUGAGAUGAUUAAAAGGCCUAGUAACUACUCCACCUCCAUCAACUCCAUCUUGUUAUUCUUGUUUAGCUCACUUUUGCCUGCAUAUAUAAGCGCAAAUGGUUGUCCUUCAGAUUCAUCAGUUGAUCAAUACAAAACCAACCAACUACCUCUUACAUAAACACGCUUCGGGUCGAAAACUACCAAUGGCUUUUUCGGUAAAGAGCAACAUUUUCCAACUUACACUAAUCUUUCUCAUUGCAUUUGUGACCUCAGCUCGAGUCAUUGAUGAAUUAGCUGCACCAGUUGCUGAUGAUGCUCCACCUACUACAGCAGGAGUUGGGGCUACUGGCGGAGUAGCCGCCCCUGGAGGUGGGGCUGCUGCUGGUGUCACUGCUCCAGGAGGUGGAGUUCCAGGAGGAGUAACUGCCCCAGGAGGUGGGGCUGCUAACGGAGCUUCUACCACAGGAGGAGCUGCUGGAGGAGCUGGAGCCGUCUCUGGGGGGGCCGCUGGUGGUGCUGGUGGGGCCAGUGUUGGAGCUGUAGUAAAUGGUGCACAUCCUGAUUUGGUCUUUUUCAUGCACGACAUAUUGGGAGGGUCCAACCCUACAGCCAAAGCAAUCACCGGUGUUGUUACCAACCCAGCUGUUAGUGGUCAGGUGCCGUUUGCUAAGCCCAACGGUGCAGUCCUUCCUACAAACAACGGUGUCCCACAAAACAACGACAACUCGGGAAUCAUCAACAACAACAAUAUGCCGUUCCUCAUGGGUCUUGGUGGUGUAAACCCUAAUGUCAUGCAGAACAAUGGCAACAACUUCAUCGGAGGGAAUGGAUUCCCUGUCAUGAAUGGUGCCCAGCUCUCUUCAGGGAAUACACUGCAGCAGCUUAUGUUCGGGACUAUGAUUGCUGUUGAUGACGAGCUCACCGAAGGGCACGAACUCAAUUCCGGUAUGCUGGGUCGUGCUCAAGGUUUCUACGUCUACAGCUCCGUAGAUGGGAAGAUGCAAACUCUGGCCUUUACUGCUAUGUUCCAAGAAGGUGGAUAUCAUGACAGUCUGAACUUCUUUGGGAUUCAUCAGACUGCAGUUUCUGAAUCUGUUAUUUCUGUCAUGGGUGGAACCGGGAAGUACACUAAUGCUAAGGGAUUCGCUGUUGUUAAAACACUUCCUCCUGUGAAUCAACACGAGACUGACGGCCUUGAGACGGUGCUCGAGUUCUCUGUUUUUCUGACUUACUAGUGAGUUUAAAAUGUGUAAUUAUUAUUAUGGUUUCUGAUUUCUAGUGUAAUGUGGAAUCUGUGUGAAUUAAAAUUCGAGUGUUAAAGAAAAUUAUUACUUCCUCCAUUCCA